AUGAAGAUCGGUGACCUCCUCGCCGAGAUCUCUGGCGGGAAUACAUCAUCCGAGCCACGACCUAAGACACCGAUAUCGACCGCGGUAAAGCGCAAAGCCGAUGACGACUCGCAUAGCACAACGUCGAAUAAAUACCCCAAGUCGCGACAACAGGACGGAACUUACUCGACUAGUAAGACCACCCGCGAUAUAAAGACGGAUCCUGUCGAUCGACCGAAGCCUACCACCGCGUCUGCAGCCGUUAAAUCAUCGUCUCUACCUCACCGCACGAGUUCGCCGUCCAUAAAUGGCCGCUACCAACCUCCGGUGCCGAGUGUGCAACGUACAGGCAUCUCAUCUUCGAACGGCAGGCCGGGAUCCAACAUAUCCCAACCGAAGAAAUCAACAGAUCAGAUUGUUAGUCGGCCAAAACUUAGUGCAUCUUCGCUAGCAGCUGCUUCCAAAGCGCCUCCUGCGAAAUCGUCACCCACGACUCCGACCACCUCAGACCCAUCCAAGGCGCCAAAGAAGGGUUCGUACCAGGAGAUAAUGGAACGUGCAAAAAAGGCUCAAGCGUCGAUGGGUAAGGUCGGUAUGAUUCAGCACAAGGCCAUCGGAACCGCUAAGAAAGAGCAGCCCGCGAAGGUGGAACAGAAGCCAAACGGUGCUAAGGGGAGAGAUGGAAAGCCGUAUCUUGGGAACAGUCGGUCAUCCACUGCACCUCCCCGUGGAGGGGCGAGACCCGGAAUGGUGGUUCGCGAUGCAGGCCGAAAUGGAGCCGGAAAGGAUGCUAAAGCAAGUGGCAAGUCGAGGCCUGGCUCAGCUGGCGGGGAAGCACUAGAAAAAAAAAUAAAGAAGUCGGCGACAGCUACUACAGGUUAUACUGGAACCGCUCGCCCCCGACCUGGUGCGGUAUCGGAGAAACCAUCAGCAUCCAGGAAAAGCAGCUCAGCUUACAAAACCGGCGGGCUUCUUGCACCCCCAAGGCCAAGUCGCCGGGAUGAAUACGAAGAUGAAUAUGAUGAGGAAUUGGACGACUUCAUCGAGUAUGACGAGGAUGAGGAGCCCGGCUACCGAGGCGAAAGGUAUGGCGGAUAUGAUUCAGAUGCCUCCAGCGAUAUGGAGGCAGGCCUUUCGGAUAUCGACGUAGAGGAGCGAAGAGCUGAACUGCUAGGUCGCGAAGAGGACAAACGGGAGCAAGCCCUCGAGGAGAAGCUCAAGCGGGAGAAGGAGGAACGAAAACGACGACUUGGCGUAGGCCGUUAA